UACACCUCACCCACCCACCCACUUUCUGAUUCAGGAGCCCUCUCUCUCUCUCUCUCUCUCUCUCUCUCUCUCACACACACACGCACGCACACACACACACCCCUCUUCUCCCAUGGCGACGACAGCUCUCUGGAUUUUGAAGACAAUUUGCACGCGACAACGAGACGGACAGAGAUCAGCGAUAUGCACAUGACGACGACAACGACGGUGGUCUUAUUUUGAAGACAGUGAUGGUCAAAUACAGGUCACAAUUAGAAAUUUUCUUCCCCUCUUUCACAAAUCAGAAGGGAUAGAUUGUGUUCAUGCUUUUUGUUGCUUCAAACUUUGGGGUCUUGUUUGUAAAAUCUUUAAAUUUGCCGUGAAAUGCCCAACAAAAGGUUUGAGAUUUUUUUUUUGCAAUAUCCAGCUUAUGAUUUCAAUCUGUUUUUGCUUACUUGAGAUUUUGUGGUUACUGAUUUCUCAGAGAGAGGUGAUUUCACGCGAAGAGAAAAAGCAGGGGCAGAACUGUCUUUCGCCAACCCCGCUUCACCAACGACAGGGGCUUCACCAACGACAGGGGUACCCCUGUCGUUAGCAAAUCCACCUUCUGGCGGAUUACAAAUCCGAAGGCAGCAAAUCAGGGGCCAAAUCCGGGUGGCGUUUUUCACACCCAAACACCGGAGAAGAGGAGAAGGGGGAGUUCAUCUCCGGCCGCUUGGCAUAUCCGGGGGCAAAUCCCCCAUCCAAACAGGCUGCAAUCUUAUAAAAGGUCCCCAUGCCCAGAUUCUCCAAUCCUUCAAAACUCACAAGAAUCUACCAUAGACUUGUUAAUCCCCCUUUCCAAUCGAAACCCAUUUCAACCACGCCAGUCCCAACCCAUGACCACAUUGCCCAUCUCAUAUUAGAACAAAAAACAGCCACCCAAGCCCUCCAAACCUUCAGAUGGGCCUCAGACCUCCCCAAUUUCGCCCACUCCCAGUCCACAUACAGAGCUCUGAUCCACAAGCUCUGUACUUUCCGUCGGUUUGACACAGUCCACCAAGUGCUCGACGAAAUGCCCGGCUCAAUUGGGUCGCCCCCGGAUGAGGACAUUUUUGUCACACUUGUACGUGGUCUUGGACGGGCCAAAAUGAUACGUAAUGUCAUAAAAGUAGUUGAUUUAGUCUCUAAAUUUGAUGAAACCCCGUCGUUGAAAAUCUACAAUUCGAUUCUUGAUGUUUUAGUUAAGGAAGAUAUUGAUUUAGCUAGGAAAUUUUAUAGGGAGAAGAUGAUGGAGAGUGGGGUCCAGGGUGAUGAUUACACAUUUGGGAUUUUGAUGAAGGGACUUUGUUUGACUAAUAGAAUCGAUGAGGGGUUUAAGCAUCUGGCUGCAAUGAAGUCGUGCGGGUUGAUCCCGAAUACUGUUAUAUACAACACAUUGCUGCAUGCUCUUUCUAAGAAUGGGAAGGUUGGAAGAGCAAGGAGCUUGAUGAAUGAAAUGCUGAAACCCAAUGAAGUGACUUUUAAUAUAUUGGUAUCGGCAUAUUGUCGCGAAGGGAAUGUAGUGCAAGCUCUUGUGAUGUUGGAGAAGAGCUUCGGUAAUGGUUGUGUGCCUGAUGUUAUCACUGUGACUAAGGUUAUCGAAAUUUUAUGUAAUGAAGGCCGUGUUACUGAGGCGGUUGAAUUUUUAGAAAGAGUAAAGAGCAAUGGUGGCAGUGUUGAUGUCGUGGCUUACAACACCCUGAUCAAGGGCUUUUGUAAGAAAAGAAAAGCAAAAAUUGCAGUUGGCUAUUUGAAGGAGAUGGAGAGAAAGGGAUCUUUGCCAAAUGUAGAGACAUACAAUGUAUUGAUUUCUGGCUUCUGUGAAUCUGGGAUGUUGGAUUCAGCUAUGGACAUGUUUCAAGAAAUGAAAACGGCUGGAAUCAGCCGGAAUUUUGUGACGUUCGAUACUUUGGUCAACGGUUUGUGUUUUGGAGGAAGAACGAAUGAUGGGUUUAAGAUUUUGGAAUUGAUGGAAGAGAGUAAAGGGGGAUCAGGGGGUCGUAUUAGUCCUUACAACCAUAUCAUAUAUGGUUUGUACAAGGAAAAUCGAUUAAACGAAGCUUUUGAAUUUUUGUCUAAAAUGGGGAAACUUUUUCCUAGAGCUAUUGAAAGGAGCUCUAGGAUAUUAGGGUUAUGUAAAGAAGGUAGUAUUGACGACGUGAAGAGGGUUUAUGAUCAAAUGACCGAAGAAGGGGGGAUUCCAAGCGCUCUCGUGUGUUCAAGCUUAAUCCAUGGAUUUUGCCAAAAGGGGCUUAUCAAAGAAGCAUUUGAGCUUAUGAACAACAUGAUUAGUGGCGGUUAUUUUCCCAUUGCAACGACGUUUAAUUCAGUAAUUAUUGGGUUAUGUAAGGAGGGGAAAAUUGGCAGUGCAGUGAACCUGCUGGAGGAUUUGGUUGGAAGAGGUUGCUUGCCUGAUGUUGAGAGCUAUAAUGCUUUGGUUGAAGCUCUUAGUAGAAAAGGGGAGUUCCAAAAGGCUUUGUUGCUGCUUCUGCAAAUGGUGGAUAAAGGUGUUGUUCCUGAUUUUUGUACAUGGAACUCAUUAGUUCUGUGUCUUUGUCAAGAAAAAAUGUGGAAUUCAGUAUGUUCCGUGAACAUAAUCUGUGGGAAUGAAUGAAUUAGUGGACCUGGAUUUUAUUAAUGGUGUUUGGAAUUUAUGUAGGUCACAAAA